AUGAUCCUCGACGAGGGCACCGGUGGGAUAUCGCCCUUGCAAGAUGGUACCCGGUAUGCACCAGUGGGGGUCUUGGAAAAGGGCCACGUUGAUGUCACGUUUGACCUCGCGGUUCGCGGCGGCCACAGUUCCACACCACCCUCCCACAGCGGCAUCGGCAUCGCGGCCGAGAUAGUUGCGGCCCUCGAAGCCCACGACUAUAAGCCUCAAAUCAGCACUGAUAACCCCGUGUAUGGCCGCCUGGUCUGCCAGAUGCAGUACUCCCCCGAGUCGGAUCCCGAGCUGUUCCGGCAUGUGAGGAGCGGCGACCUGGACAAACUCGCGGCGGAGCUAUCGUUGAAAGAUGCGUUUUCCCGCUACUCCAUCACUAGCUCAGUCGCCGUGACCAUCAUCCAGGGCGGGCUAAAGAUCAAUGCGUUAACUGAGGCUGUCAUGCUCGGGGCCAACUUUCGGGUGGCUCCCCACAACAGCAUUGCCCAGAUUCAGCAGGAUAUCCUCGAUGAUAUCAAGCCUAUAGUUGAAAAGUAUGGGCUUGCCGUCACCGCGUAUGAGGGUGAUGGAGCGUAUCAAGUGCCUCCGACGGCGCCGUCAGGGGUUGGCAAUAACGGGACAUUAACCUUAACAGCCACGGAGAAGUUUCCCGUUACUCCCCAAGCACCAGCACAUGGUGCUGCUUGGGAUGCACUGGCAGGAACCAUUCGUUACUCCUUCGCCAGCAAGGAUGGCGUCGUUGUACCUUUCGGCGAUGUUAUGAUGGGAAACACAGACACGCGGCACUAUCUAGAUCUCUCGCCCAACAUCUAUCGUUGGCUGCCACUGCUUCCAGGAGACAUGGUCGAUUACCACGCAGUCAAUGAGCGCGUCCGAAUGAUGGCUAAUGUGAAGAUGGCCGAGUUUUACUAUGGUCUCAUCCGCAACUUCGGGCGCACAGAUAUCUAA